AUGGCCGACACGAACUCCCAGAGAGGGGAGGGUGAAAACUUCUGGGCGCCUGGUACCAUCCGGUUGGAGGAUAUGACAACACCCGCGUCAGAUGUCAUCCUUCAACCUGUACCAAGCUCUGAUCCAGACGAUCCCUUAAACUGGAGCAAACUACGAAAAUCCAUCAAUUUUGGCCUAGUCGGUUUUUUUGUGCUUUGGACAUUCGUACAGCUGCAGACAGGCUCGACAUCCUGGGGGUCCCUGAUGCGUGAACUAUACUUCACUGUCGACCAGCUGAAUAACGGAGCCGCUAUGUCUUGUGCUGGACUCGCGGUCGGCUGUAUGAUCUUCAUGCCAUUCGUACACAAGUUUGGGCGACGGCCACUAUACCUUAUCAGCUCAGCACUGCAAUUGAGCUCUGUGAUUUGGCAGGCCAAGACCAGGACGUACGGUGACUGGAUGGGCAGCAACUUUCUUGCUGGACUAGGAGGUGCCAUCAGCGAGGCUGUUGUACAAAUCACCAUUGCCGAUCUGUACUUUGUGCACCAACAUGGAACCAUGAACGCAUGGUACCUCAUUUUCACAUCCGUGGGUGCAUCCCUCGGACCAGUAGCCUCCGGAUUCGUGGUGGAAUCCCAGGGUUGGAGGUGGAUUUGGUGGUGGUGCACAAUCUUCUUGUCGUUGAAUCUCGCGCUCGUCUUAUUCUUCUUCGAAGAGUCGAAGUAUGUGCCAGUUCUCAACGGUCGCAGUGUAACCCAUGGUGUUUCUGGCUCACAUGGACCGAGCACCAUUCAUGCCAACUCGGAGUCGCAGAAAGUUGCAGACGUCAAAGGGGACGCCAUACACAGUAGCAUGGAGCGAGUGCAAUCUAGAAUCGACACGAACUUGCCACGGAAAACGUAUCGCCAGCGCUUGGCCCUCUUCACUCCUUCCAAACAACCGAUCGGCCACCAUUUCUACCAACCAGUUGUAGUGUUGCUCACUUUCCCCGCGGUCGGCUACGCCGCUCUCACCUAUGGUACGGUACUUGCGUGCUUGGCACUGAUGUCUUCGCUACAGGCGGUUUAUCUGCUGCAACCGCCGUACAGCUUCGGGCCAUCUGGAGUAGGACUCAUGAACAUUGCCCCUUUCACUGGCUCGUUCUUGGGUUUUUUCGUCGGCGGUUUCCUGAAUGACAGGUCGAUCAUGUGGUUUGCCAGACGAAAUCGAGGAAUAUACGAACCAGAAAUGCGACUGUGGCUUGCUCUUGCUUCGGCAGUGCUGCUUCCAGCGGGUAUUCUAAUGUUCGGGCUGGCUUUGGUGAGAGGCGUGCAUUGGAUAGUGUUAGCCGUGGGAUUCGGCUUGUUCGGCUUCACAUUCGUCUUGGCUAGCGGCAUUGCCCUUGCGUAUGUGACAGAUUGCUAUCAAGAGAUCCUCGGGGACGUCAUGAUAGGUAUCGUCUUCGUCCGAAAUUUGUUCGCAGUCGUUAUUCUUUUCGCGGUCACACCAUGGACCAAGGAUAUGGGGUUGCAAAACGUGUGUAUCAUUACGGCAGCCUUUUGCUUCGCGGUCCUGCUGCUUCCUAUACCCUUGCUAGUGUGGGGCAAGAAGAUUAGGAUCGCAACGGCGGAGAAAUAUAGGCGGAUGGCGAUGCGACAGCCAGCUCAUCGAACACUUGAGUAG